AGAAUUCUGUUCCUGCAGACCACAAUGUCAAUCUUCUAUAACUCUACCUCUCCCUGCUUCUUUCUUACAGGGGUCCCCGGAAUUGAAUGGGCUCAUGUCUGGAUCUCCAUCCCCUUCUGCUGCCUCUAUUUAACUGCCCUUUGUCAGAACACCUUGAUCCUGUUUGUAGUCUUCACUGAGCCUAUCCUUCAUGAGCCCAUGUAUUAUUUCCUCUCCUUGUUGUCUACCACUGACAUUGGCUUAUGCAUCUCUACCCUGGUAACAGUGCUGGGAAUAUUCUGGCUGAAUGCCAGGGAGAUUAGCUUUAAUGCUUGCUUAUCCCAGAUGUUCUUCAUUCACCUCUUCACUUUCAUGGAAUCUUCAAUGCUCCUGGCUAUGGCCUUUGACCGGUUUGUGGCCAUUUCUAACACUUUGAGAUAUGCUACCAUCCUAACUCAUGCAAGGAUUGCACAGAUUGGUGUGGCAGUUAUUACAAGGGGGACUGUGAUUCUGAUACCAUUAGUCCUUCUUCUUAAGUAUCUGUCAUUCUGCCACAGCCAUGUGCUCCAUCACUCCCACUGCUUUCACCCUGAUGUGAUGAAGCUCUUAUGUUCAAACACAAAGAUCAAUAGUGCUUUUAGACUAACUGCAAUUAUCUCUACUGCUGGAGUGGAUUCCAUUUUUAUCUUGCUCUCUUAAGUCUUGAUCAUUUGCUCAGUUCUCAGCAUGGCAUCCCCAGAGGAGAGGAAAAAGGCCUUCGGCACCUGCAUCUCUCAUGUCACUGCUGUAGCCAUGUUCUACAUACCUUUGAUCAGCCUGUCUUUUGUUCACAGCAUUGGUAAACAUGCUCCACCAUAUGUGCCCACCCUCAUUGUUAGUAUAUACUUGCUGAUCCCUCCUGUGAUGAACCCCAUCAUCUAUAGUGUGAAAACAAAGCAGAUUCAAAAAACCAUGCUUAAACUUGUAUGUUCCAAAGGAACUCAUAUUUAA